AUGAGCAUGUUUGGUCCUUCGAAGAUCCUCCUGUGCUGGGCAGCUCUGCUAAGUGUCUGCAAUGGUUCUCCACAUAAGUUUUGCAAGGAGCCAAACUACAUGCCCUCUAGUCCUAAUGAUGCCAAUGCUUUGCUUCCAGUAUGUGAUGGGUCUCCAGGAUUUAUUCGGGUUUCAGGUGGAUCCAUUAGCCACUCUGGAUCUAUGAGUGGAGGAAGCAGCUCCCAGUCUAUCUUUAGUGGUCAGCAGUCCAGCUUUCAAAGUGGCAGCAUGUCAAGC